GGAGGGACGCUCGGAUCCUGCCCAGGGAACAGAAUUGACACCAGCGAGGGCGGGGCAGGCGGAGGCGCCGAGCGCGUGUUUGCGUUGGGGAAAUGGAACUGCGCAACCGGAGAGCGGACUUUUCCAGGCGCGGAGCCCCCGCUUCUCCUGCGGGUGGGCGCACAGCGGCGCCGGACUCCAUCCCUCCCUCCUUCUCCGGCCCGCUGCAAAGUUCCUGCUGGCCCGCAGAGGGGGGCGGACGGAGGAUGCUGGUCCUGGCGCCUGGGGGGCACAGCAGCUUGGCCAAAGGACGCGCAGGGAGCGCGCAGAGGGGUCUCCAGCCUCCUCCUCCGCGGGCGCACACGCCAGCCAGCCCACCCCCAGGAUUGGGUCCCACACCAUGGCUGGAGCGUAGUCAGACCCUGCCCCCCACACCAGCCGUGUCUCGCAUGGGCCCGGCAUGUGGGGGGAGUCAGCCAAUGAGAAGGCAGCGACGGGCCCCCCCUUCCUUUGACCUCUUUAGGAGACGGAGGUGAAAGAUGAUUGGUGGCCACACAGAGGACGUCGUGUGAUUGGCCGUCUUCUAGGAGAGAAAGAAAGAGAAAGAGAGAGAGAGCGCCACUCAGAGCUUCUCCGGCACAGUAGCAUUUUAUGUGGCUGUGACUGGAGGAGGGGAAUAAACCAGAGGAAACUGCAGCAAGCCGCGACUGGGUGGGGGCACCCGCCGCUCAGAUCCGGGGGGGGUGGAGGGUGGGGUACGAAGACGCACCCCCCACAGCAGGAGAGGCUGGAUGCAUCGCACAGUGGAGCAGUUGGGGGGCCGUGCUGGACGGGACCCCUUUUCUCUCGGCAACAUGGGCUGCAGCGGCAACGCCUGGAGCUCCUGCCAUUCCCGCCCAUGGCUCCAGGGCGGCAGGUGCUCUGCCAGUGUCGGCCAGCCUCAGCUGCCCCCACACCUGCCGCCCAACCAUGGCUCUAACAUGGGGCAACACAACAAGGGCUACUUCCCCCCGGGGAACCUGGCCCCGCGGUCCCUGCACGGGAAGCUGGAGGCCAUCCACGGCUGUGUCCAGGCCCUGCUCCGGGACCCAGGGCAGCCUCAGCUCUGGGAGCAGCUGGGCGAGAUCUACGAGUCGGAGCAGGAUUGCGAGGAGGCCGUGCGCUGCUACCAGAAUGCCACCCGGUACCCGCGAGACUACGACUACGGGAGCUACGGGGAGAUGCACGCCCGGAUCGGACGCCUGCAGCAGGCUCAGCUGUGGAACUAUCACUCGGGGUCGUCUCACCACCGACCGAAAGCAUUGCCGCCCCUGCAACAAGUCUGGAACCUCCUGCACCUUGAGAAGAGGAACUUCUCUGCCAAGCGCAACCCCCAGCUGAAGAGGCCUGGCCCGCCCAUGGAGCCCCCCGUCGUCCAGCCAAUCCCCCCGGUCCAGCACCCGCCACACCCGGGGCACGGGGAGGACAUGCCUGCCCCCUUGAAGAGGCGGAGGAGCACCAGUCCUGACCAGAAUGGUAACGGGGUGUGCCAGCACCCGCCCGGUGCCCCUGGCAACCCCCACUACCAGCUGCCCAAGCCGGGAUUAUGGAACCCCCUCCACGGAGACUCCUGGGGGCAGGAGCGCAAGAACGUCGCUGCCCCAGAGAGACAAGAGCAGAGGAACUCGGUGGCCCACCCCUUCCCCUACCCCUGCCCCGCCUACGGCUCCCACCCGCCCCCGCACCGCCUGCCGGCCAUGGCCCCCAGCCCCCGCACACCUCCAGCACACCGGCCCCCUCUCGACAGCCAUGGCUGCCUGGUCCGGCCCCACGGAAGUGACCUUAGAGACGGCAGAGCCCCCCGGGUGCGGUCAGACUCCACCGCCACACCAGCAGCAACCACCGCCUGCGUGCCUUACGUCCCGCGCCCAAACCCCGGAGGAGAAACCGCCGCCACCAGCAAGACCACCUCGCGGGGGCCACUGAACCCUGACUGCCUUGGUUCCGACCAUUACCAAACGCCGGCAUUGGAGCCAUCCAGUCCCGCCCAGGAGAACGGGGGGCACAAAGCUCCCUUGCAGCAGCAGCAGCCGCCGCCACCGCCCCGGCCAGCUCCUUGCCUUGCCCCUCGCAACCUGCCGUGCUCUCGCAUGCCUCCUCCGCCGCCCAUCGCCAGGGGGCCUCCACCAGCAGUUGCCCGGCCACCCACAGCUCCGCAGUGCCCACCGCCCCCGCCCCCUCUGCCCCCGCCCCCGCCUCCUCUGCCAGCACCCACCUUGCCCUGGCUGAAAGGCCCGGGGUUCGGCAGCAAAGGAGGGGAAGCGAAAGCCAGCAGCGACCCCCUGGGCGAUAUUCUCUUUGGGUGCGGUGAGCCGCCGCGGGGGGACGCUUCCCCUCUCGGGCCCUGCGACUCGGGGCGCAGCUUCCAGGAUUCCAAUGCCAGCAGCCAGAAAGGGCCCUUCUCGCUCCCCGGAGAAGGGGCUGAGGAGAAGGCCAGCCCCCAAAGAUCAGCCAGCCCCGAACCCACCCCGGCAGCCGCCGACUACUGGAUGCCGGAAAACACCCAGGAGGAGAAGAGCUCCGGCGGCGCCAGGGCCUCGGCCCCGGAGAGCCCCACGAUUACCUCAGGAACCUUCGGGUCCCCGGAGAGCCCCCCUCAGCCGCCAACGCUGCCCCCGCCACCCCCACCGCUGCCCCGGGCCUCCUAUCCAAAGACACCGGAGCCCUCGGCAGCGCCCCCCGCAGCGGAGCCCGCGCAUGAAAGGCUCUUUGGCUUCACCAGCCCCCAGCUGGAGGACCAGUUCGAGGAGCCCCCCGAAUUCUCCAAGAUCCUGCCGGACGGCCUGGCAAAUAUCAUGAAGAUGCUGGACGAAUCGAUCCUGCGCGAGGAGGAAGAGCGCGAGGAGAGCUUCCCGCCACCCCCGCCACCUGCCCCGCUGCUCCCCAGCCCCCCGCCUUUGGCCAGACCAAAGCCCCCCGCCCCCUCCAACGCCUCCUUCGACUACCCCAAGCCACCAGGGCAGGACCCGCCGGAGCCGCCUUGCCUGUACCGCUACGGCAAGCGGGACCCGGAGGAGCGGCCCCAGGUGGCUGCCGCGACCUCCGGCGGGGCGGGCAAGUUCCCCCACCACAGCACGGCCUCCCUGCUGAAGUCUCUGGCCAACAUGCUGGAAGGGCAGAAGCACUCCUACCGGCCCAAGCCGCUGACCCCCCCAGGUGCUAAGAUCGCUUCUCCGGCCGGCGCCAGCCCGGGGUCCGCACCCCACUUCUCUACCUCAAGCCAAGGCUGGGCCGCGGGAGCGAUGGGGGAACAGGCGGCCAGCUCUCUGCCCCCUCCACCCGCCCCCCGGCCCAUCAAGACGGAGUCGGAGGUGCUGGAGGAAAUCAGCCGCGCCUGCGAGACCUUGGUGGAGCGAGCGGAGAGGGAGAAGAGCCCCGCUUCUCUGGCCACGCCGCCGCCACCCCCUCCUGCUCCCCUUUCCUCUCCUGCGACGCUGCCCACCCCGCCGCCCCCUCCUCCGGCUCCCGCCCAGCGCCCCAAGGACGAGUCCCGGAAGCGGGACCGGGAACACCGGAGGCACCGCCGUUCCAGCAAGGACGGGUCGCGCCGGCACCGGGAAGGCAAGGCCCACAAAGAGAAGAACCGCCAGAUCCUGGGCAGCCUCGACGUGCAGAGCUCGGAGAGCCAGGCGCGGGAGAACGGCGCCAAGCCGCCCCCGCAUCCCCCAGCCGCCCCGCAGCCCGAGCGCCGGCCGCCCCCCAGCAAGAAGGAGGAAGGGGCCGCCGGCACGGGCUCCACGGUGGUGUGCUCGGCCGACCUGCUGAAGCUGCGCUCGUUCACGGAAGGGCCGCCCAAGGAGCUGAAGAUCCGGCUGAUCAAGGUGGAGAGCGGAGACAAGGAGACGUUCAUCGCCUCAGAGGUGGAGGAGCGCAGGAUCCCCCUGGGCGAGCUCACCAUCAACCAUUCGGCGGCCGAAGUGGUGCGGGCCAGCAAGCACGCCAAGGUGAAAGGGAAGUUCAAGGAGUCCUACUUGCUGCCCAGCUACUCGGUCAAACCUCAGAUCAACGUGGACGAGAAGCUCCCGCGAGAAAAGCUCAACCCCCCGACCCCCAGCAUAUAUUUGGAGAGCAAGCGGGACGCUUUCUCUCCGGUGCUCCUGCAGUUCUGCACUGACCCCAAGAACCCCAUCACCGUCAUCCGGGGCCUGGCCGGAUCCCUCCGCCUCAACCUGGGCCUGUUCAGCACAAAGACGUUGGUGGACGCGAGCGGGGAGCACGCCGUCGAGGUUCGCACGCAGGUCCAGCAGCCCUCGGACGAAAACUGGGACCUCUCCGGGACGAAGCAGGUGUGGCCUUGCGAGAGCAGCCGCUCGCACACCACGAUCGCCAAAUACGCUCAGUACCAAGCGGCCUCCUUCCAGGAGUCCCUUCAGGAAGACAAGGAGACAGACGACGAGGAAGCAGAUGAGCCUGACAGCACCACCGAGGUGCCCCCAAGCAACCCGGACCAGAAACCGCACCAGAUUAUCAAGUUUGGGACCAACAUUGACCUCUCAGAUGCUAAACGGUGGAAACCGCAGCUUCAGGAACUUCUCAAGUUGCCAGCUUUCAUGCGGGUCACGUCGACGGGGAACAUGCUGAGCCAUGUGGGGCACACCAUCCUGGGGAUGAACACAGUGCAGCUGUACAUGAAAGUACCUGGCAGCCGCACACCAGGGCACCAGGAGAACAACAACUUCUGCUCCGUGAACAUCAACAUCGGGCCGGGGGAUUGCGAGUGGUUUGCUGUCCACGAGCAUUACUGGCAGGACAUCAGCGCCUUCUGUGACAGGCACGGUGUCGACUACCUGACCGGCUCGUGGUGGCCCAUCCUCGAGGACCUUUACAAGUCCAACAUCCCCGUCUACCGCUUCAUUCAGCGCCCCGGAGACCUCGUGUGGAUCAACGCUGGGACGGUGCAUUGGGUUCAGGCCACCGGGUGGUGUAAUAACAUCGCCUGGAACGUCGGCCCCCUGACAGCUUACCAGUACCAGCUGGCCCUGGAGCGCUACGAAUGGAACGAGGUGAAGAACGUCAAGUCCAUCGUGCCCAUGAUCCACGUCUCCUGGAACGUGGCCCGCACCGUCAAGAUCAGUGACCCCGACUUGUACAAAAUGAUCAAGUACUGUCUGAUGGAGUCCAUCAAGCACUGCCAGGUCCAGAGAGAGAGCCUCGUCCGGUCCGGCAAGAAGAUCGCCUACCAGGGCCGCGUGAAGGACGAGCCGGCCUACUACUGCAACGAAUGUGACGUGGAGGUCUUCAACAUCCUUUUCGUGACGAGCGAAAACGGGGGCAAGAACACGUACCUGGUGCACUGUGAGGCCUGCGCCCGCAAGCGGAGCUCCUCUCUCCACGGCGUGGUGGUUCUUGAGCAGUACAAGACGGAAGAACUGAUACACAUCUACGACAGCUUCACCCUGUCUGCGCCGCCCAGUUCCAGAUGAGCCAUACCACGCCUGGACAGAUGUCUGGGCCGUCUCUCCACGCUAGCUCGGCCCCCCCCCCUUGCUCGCCAUGUGCGCGGGGAGGGGGGUUUGCUAUGGUCUGCCCUCCGCCCUCUCCCUCCAGUAGCAGCUGAGCCUCUGAUCUCCACCUGCCCUUCUCAACUCAAACCUGCCCUGAGCCGGGGGGGCAGAUAGCAGAAGCGUCGUGACCUGGGGCGUUCUACUGACGGACCCCUUUUCUUUAAUUUAUUCUUCAGAACGAACGUUUUCUCGUUUUGGGGUUUGUUU